AUGUCGACAAACCUGUGUGAGUCGUUCUUACAGGACAGAGAUCAGAGAGCUUCAGAGGAUCUCUGCUGUCGGCACUCUGAGGAACUCCAACUCUUCUGUCUGGACCAUCAGCAGCCGGUGUGUCUCGUCUGCAGAGACUCAGAACAACACACCAACCACAGAUUCAGACCCAUCGAUGAAGCUGCACGACAACACAAGAAGAAACUUCAGGAAACUCUGGAGCCUUUAAAGAAGAAGUUAAAGGUUUUUGAAGAAGUUAAAGUGAAGUUUGAUCAGACAGCAGAACACAUGAAGGUCCAGGCCCGACACACAGAGAGGCAGAUUAAGGAUCAGUUUAAGAAGCUGCACCAGUUUCUAGCAGAGGAAGAGGAGGCCAGGAUGGCUGCACUGAGGGAGGAAGAGGAGCAGAAGAGUCAGAUGAUGAAGGAGAAGAUGGAGGCUCUGAGCAGAGAGAUAGCAGCUCUUUCACACACAGUCAGAGCCACAGAGGAGCAGCUGAGAGCUGAAGACGUCUCAUUCCUGCACAACUACAAGGCUGCAGUGGAAAGAGUCCAGCAGCGCCCCCUGCUGGAGGAUCCACAGCUGCCCUCAGGAGCUCUGAUAGACCAGGCCAAACACCUGGGCAACCUGAGCUUCAACAUCUGGAACAAGCUGAAGGACAUGGUCUCCUACACUCCUGUGGUUCUGGACCCAAACACUGCUGGUCUAGAACUCAUCCUGUCUGAAGAUCUGAGCAGUGUGAGAGGAGGACAGAGACAGAAGCUUCCUGAUAAUCCAGAGAGGUUUGAUUAUUAUAACUUGUCUGUCCUGGGCUCACAGGGCUUUAACUCAGGGACUCACAGCUGGGACGUCGAGGUUGGAGACAGUACAUACUGGGAACUGGGUGUGUUAGCAGAGUCUGUCCAGAGGAAGAGACUCACACUGUCUGGAUUAUGGAGAAUAAUGUUUUACCAAGGUAAAUACUCAGUUCGGUCACCAUCAGCUCCACUCACUGAUCUCGUCGUGCAGAAGAAGCUCCAGAGGAUCCGAGUGAAUCUGGACUGGAACAGAGGAAAGCUGUUGUUCUCUGAUCCUGAUACUGACACACACCUGCACACCUUCACACACACUUUCUCUGAGAGGAUGUUUCCACUUAUUUGCACUCCUGAUGAUGAAGUAAAGAUCUUACCAGUGAAGGUGUCUGUGAGAGAAGAACAACAGGAACUGAUGACGAUGAUGAUGAUGAUGAUGAUGAUGAUGAUUAUGAUGAUGAUAAUGACGCUAUUGGAUAGAUGAACCCUCAUUUCACCAGCGUGACCAAUUAGAGGAAGCGGGAGGUGCAGGUGACUCUGAAAAGACUUGCACAGGCAGAGAGAUUUAGGUGUUUACUUAUAGAUUUCCUGGGAUCAAAGACUGGUAGAGUGAGGAGGAAGCAUUGAGCAGAACUUUGCCAGC